GGGUUUCCAUGUAGGUGGGUCACUCCCUUCUCCUUCGUGCGUGGCGAGAGUCGGUGUGUGUGACGGAGACCGCGGAGGGCUGAGCCUUUCCUGCUGCUGCUGCUGCUAGUGCUGCUGCUAGAGGUGAAGGUAGGUGGCAUUGAGACGAAGGACGUGUACCCUCGAAGAAUUUACCUAGUGCUGCUGCUAGAGGGGAGAAGGUAGGUGGCAGUGAGGUGGAGUACGCGUACCGUGCCGCUCUUCAGCCGGGUUCGCUUGGUGGAAGAUGGCCGGCGGUCGGACAUGGGCUGUGCUUGACAAAACGCUCCGCAGAGCCGCCGCCGGACCGAUCGGACAACUACAGCUGCCACGUGGCGGCUCGUCAUUUGCCCGACUACCUAGGCCACUUAGCUCGAGGGGCGGCGAUGGCAGUCAAGAGCUGUUGAAGUCAUUCUUUCCUGGCGGAUCGCUGGUCGAGACAGAGCAUUACGGCGCCCCCUUAUGCCGCCUCCUUGCUACGUUUUCCCGCGCCAACCUUCCGCAAGGUGACACGUGUCACCGAGCUUACAAGCAUCAUCAUCAUCAUCAUCAUCCUCGUCGACCAAUCAUUCCAGUGGGUGGCGUGCUAUCCUCCCAUGGGGACCGUGCGUCUUCCUCUCCCUCUUCCUCACUCUCUUCCUCUCCCUUCCUUCCCUCCUCCCCUCCCUCCCCCUCCCUAAUACAUCAAGAUGCUGGCUGUGGCAUGGGGGGGGGGAGUGCUGCAGCGACGAUCCGGCAACCGGCCGCACAUGGACGGCGCCUUCUUUCCGCGCAAGCUCUGCGGAUCGCCGUCGCAGGCGGUGCGCAGCUGCAUUCAGUCUGCGCGGGAGCGAGGCGCAACGUGUCGUCUUCCCCGUACUCUUCCUCCGCGUCGGUGGGGUCCGACGAGACCGCAGCGGCGGAUCAAGCAGGGAAGGAGGGGGAAUCGCGGCAAGGGGGGGCAGCAGGGGAAGCGACGGCGGCGGCGGCGGCUGGGACAAAGCCAACUGCGGAAACAGGCAACAUCGAGUUGAAGAAGGAAGAACUGAUUGCAUUGCUGAUGGAUCAAGAGAAGGUGGUCGCAGAAAAGGACGAUAUGAUCGGAUCUUUGAAGGAUACUGUGCUCCGUUCUUAUGCGGAUAUGGAGAAUCUUCGAGAAAGAACAAGAAGAGAGGUGGAUUCGGUCCGGCGAUUUGCCGUUCAGGAUUUUGCCAAGGCGCUGCUGGAUGUUGCCGACAAUUUCGAGCGGGCGAUGAGUGUCAUCCCGAGGGAUUUCCUCAAGGGGGGGGAUGGGGGAGAGGCGUCGUCUUUGCCUCCGGAGAGCGAUCCCACAAAGCUUCUCAGAGACUUCGCUGUGGGAGUGGAGAUGACGGAGAAGCAGCUGGGGAAAGUGUUAAAGAAAUAUGGAGUCGAGAAGUUCGAUCCGAUAGGUGAGGAGUUUAAUCCCAACGAGCAUCAGGCAAUGUUUGAGGUGGAUCAGUUUGAAGGGGUGGAAAAGGAAGGGAAGGUGGCGAUGGUUACUAAAGUAGGAUACAAGAUUCUUGAUAGGGUUCUUCGGCCGGCGGAGGUGGGGGUUUACAAGAAGAGCGCUUCUUCUUAAGUACUCGUCUUGGGGCUUAACUUUCACCCCAGUUCACUUAGCCGUUUGUUCGAGUGUUUACUUCUUAACCUGGAGGUCGCGUGUUCGAUCCUUGGAUCGGUGCGGACGGACAGAUUGCUGUCUGGAGUGAGAAUGCAAUUCUUCUUCUUCUUCGGCUUCGACGACAGAUUAGGGUAUAGUCACACACUAGGGACUUGCUGAGAUGUAUCUCAUCGCCAUUACGGUAAGAUUGCGUUGGAAAAUUACGAGUGUGAGUAUGGCCUUGGUAUCUUUUUCGGCGUCUUUUUGCUGACUUGUCCGCUUACGCAAGCGAUUCGUUUAGAGAGCCGGCCUUUCGAAGACUGGAGUCGCGCCGUCUUCGUUACCACUGCUGUCAAGUGCGCACACGAGGAACCGACGCUCCGUUAAGCGAGCGAGCAGGAAUAUGUGAUUGACUACUGGCAGAGGUGUUUGUUGCCUGGCGUAGGCAGGGAGGUUAACCGAGGGUUAAGAGAGAGGCGGGAGCGCGACAGAGGGAAGGGACUAUAGAAAGCCUCACACACACACACACAGAAAGAGAGAGAGAGAGAGAGAGAGAGAGAGAGAGAGAGAGAGAGAGAGAGAGAGAGAGAGAGGGAGAGGACAAGAGAAUCGAAGAUAUGGUCUAUGUCGGGAAGGAGAGGGAAGAGGAGACAGAAAGAGGGCAGAGGAAAAGAGAAUGGGAGCGUGGGGAGAGAGAGAGAGAGAGAGAGAGAGAGAGAGAGAGAGAGAGAGAGAGAGAGAGAGAGAGAGAGAGAGAGAGCAUUGUUCGUUUUUCUUGCCACCUUCGGGAAUUGUCAUAUAAAGUUUUGAUUUUGUUUGCGAAAGAGAGGGAGGAAGGAGAGAGGGAGUCCUCGGGACUCUUUUUUCGGUCUCUUGGGCAUCCUUGGGAGACGUCCCGUGUUGUAAAUUUUUGAUGUCAUUUUUACCAAAGAAGAGAGUCGCUUGAAUCCUUCUUGUUCCCCACCCUUUCCCCCCCCCUUCUCUCUACUCCAAUUUUCCGCAAACGUCCUUUCUGGGUUUCGUAUUCUUCUAGUGUCCUGAGUGGUGGCGGCCUUGUUUCUGCUUUAUGUCAGCUGUGUGCUCGCUGUCCGCAUCAUGCCCCGACUA